CGGCAGGUCGUUCGUUUCGCCGCUGCUUCCUCCCUCUGCUCAUCCUCAUCCUCAUCCUCAUCCUCAUCGUCCUUCUCCCUCGAAGAAAACCUUUCUCUCCUUUUUCUCUCUCUUCUUCUCUUCUCCGCUUCGGCGAUUCCAAGGAGCGAGAUUCUAUCGCAACCAUGCCCACCGUGAGUGUGAAAUGGCAGAAGGAGCUUUUUCCAGCUGUAGAAAUCGAUACUACUCAACCACCUAUUGUCUUUAAGAGUCAGCUGUACACUUUAACUGGUGUACCCCCAGAGAGGCAGAAGAUCAUGGUCAAAGGUGGUCUCUUGAAGGAUGAUGCAGAUUGGUCCACUUUGGGUGUAAAAGAUGGUCAAAAGUUGAUGAUGAUGGGGACAGCAGAUGAAAUUGUGAAAGCUCCAGAAAAAGGUCCUGUCUUCAUGGAAGAUUUGCCGGAAGAAGAGCAAGUAGUUGCUGUGGGUCACAGUGCUGGUCUUUAUAACCUGGGAAACACCUGUUACUUGAACUCUACAUUGCAAUGUCUACACUUGGUUCCGGAACUAAAGUCAGCAUUACUGAGUUAUACAAACUCUGGAAGAAGUAAUGAGCUUGAUCAAUACUCACACCUUCUGACUGUUGCGACGCGUGAUCUCUUUAGCGAGCUUGAUCGAAGCAUUCGGCCUGUUGCUCCUUUGCAGUUUUUGACAGUGUUGCGUAAAAAAUUUCCUCAGUUUGCUCAGCAGCAAAAUGGUACUUACAUGCAACAGGAUGCUGAGGAAUGUUGGACACAACUAAUAUAUGCACUUUCUCAAUCUCUUAGAUCUUCAGAAUCAAGUGAAGUACCUGCUGCAGUGAAGACCCUUUUUGGGAUUGAUCUUGUUAGCAGGGUCCACUGUGCAGAAAGUGGUGAGGAAAGUUUGGAGACAGAGUCUAUCUAUGCACUAAAAUGCCACAUCUCCCAAGAUGUAAACCACUUGCAUGAAGGGCUCAAGCAUGGUCUGAAAUCUGAGCUAGAGAAAGUUUCUCCUUCAUUGGGACGUAGUGCUAUUUAUACAAAAGAAUCAAGAAUCAGUGAAUUGCCUAGGUAUUUGACUGUUCAGUUUGUGCGUUUCUUCUGGAAAAGGGAGUCGAAUCAAAAGGCAAAAAUUUUGCGGAAAGUGGACUAUCCACUGGAGUUGGAUGUUUAUGAAUUCUGUUCAGAAGAACUUCGCCAAAAGCUUCAAGCUCCUCGUCAGAUGCUACGAGAUAUAGAAAAUGCCAAGCUUGGGUUGAAAACACAGGAUAAAAGUAAUGCCUCCAAAGCAAAUGAGUGUAACAUGCCACAACCAGAGGGAUCUGUUGGGAAUCAAGGGGAACCAUCUAGCAACUCUCAUGAUAAAGCUAAUUCUUCGGAUGGAAAGACACAAUUAACUGGAAUUUAUGAUCUGGUUGCGGUGCUGACCCACAAGGGAAGGAGUGCGGACUCUGGUCACUAUGUUGCAUGGGUCAAACAAGAAAGCGGGAAAUGGAUCCAAUACGAUGACAACAACCCGAUUCUGCAAAGGGAGGAAGACAUUACAAAGCUCUCCGGUGGAGGUGACUGGCACAUGGCAUAUAUUUGCAUGUAUAAAGCUCGCGUCGUGUGAAUUUGGAGUCGAAGAAAGGGUGUGGAUGUGAUAUGUACUUUACAAUAUGCUUAAACUGUUUUCCAGAAUUGCCGUUCCAAAUACGACUACAGAAUAUUAUGGUGCAGUGCUGUUUUCUAUUUAUUCAGGGCUCCAAUAGGAAAGAGGAAAAGAAAAUUAUAAACAUGGCCCCUCGCUUUAAGUUAAAUUUGAAAUGAGGACGCUACUGGAAAGUUGAUCUUUAGUAGAUGUGAGAACCAGAUUCCCGUUUUGAAGUUGAAUAUCUGCUUUCUAUCAUUCCAUGAUAAAUUAUGCUUU